AUGGGUGCUGCUGAAUCCGUUCCUGAAAAAUCUAUACAUGAAUUUGUUGUUAAGGAUUGUAGGGGAAAGGAUGUUGAUUUGAGUCUUUAUAAAGGGAAGGUUCUCCUCGUUGUCAAUGUAGCUUCAAAAUGUGGUUUCACAAAUCAACAAUAUCCCCAAUUAACAGAACUUUACAGGAAGUACAAAGAUAAAGGGCUAGAAGUUUUGGCAUUUCCUUGCAAUCAAUUUCUUAAGCAAUCUCCUGGAUCAAGUGAACAACAAAAAAAGUUUGCUUGUGAAAAAUUCAAGGCAGAGUACCCCAUUUUUCAUAAGGUAUGUGUGAACGGACAAAAUGCAGCACCUGUGUUCAGAUUCCUCAAAGCGUCUACCAAAAACAUCCUAUUUGGUAAUCGCAUCAGAUGGAACUUCACGAAAUUCCUCAUUGAUGUUGAUGGGAAAGUUAUUAAACGAUAUGGAACAAUGACAGCCCCUUUAGCAAUGGAGGACUCCAUCAUAGAAGCACUAGAGAGAGCACAUUAUGGUGAAAUUUCUUCGAAAGAGAUGAAUUAA